AUAGGAGCGGCGGUAUUAUCGUUGGCAUGGGUCAAGGAUUUGUCCCGACUUGUCUGUUCGGGCCCGAAUACCUAUUCUGUCCCAUCCCGGCCUCGUCCGUCCGUGCAACUUCAAGCCAAAAUUUCAGGAGCGUCUGCCACUUUGUUUCGCAGGCAAGGCGUUUUGUUUCAUAGUCGUGACAUGACGCCAGCCUCUUGA